AUGGAUGAGCAGUCCAUGUGUAGCGCCUGCGCCAUCCGCUGUGAGUGGUGGCGGCUGCACGUCAUGGAGGCUGUGAGUGGUGGCGGCUGCACGUCAUGGAGGCAGAGCGUGACCCCCUGUUCGAGGAGCUUGCAGCGGAGGCGAUCGCAGACGGGAACGCUGCUCAUGUCGACAACUCUGCAUCGUUUCGCCAGGCCGCAACUACCACUAAGCCGGGCCGUCACGUCUAUCGUGGACCUCACCUCGACGGGCGACGUCCACGACCACGACACUGAUGAAAAGUAG